GGAUCAGAGCCCAGAACGUCCUCAGCAGUGCUCCUCCACGUGUCUCCUCCGAUCACAGUCUGGAGAAACAACCGUGGAAACAAAGGCAAGAGUUGAACUGUUGUCAGAACACACGCUCUCCGCCUGGGGGCGUUCACACAGAGCACGUGAACGCAUCGUCCGGUCAACGUGCGUGUCGGUGCUGCUCCGCCCUCACAGACGCUGACAGCGAGGACUCCACACAGUCUGCGGAACAGACGCAGCCACAGACGCAGUCACCAUGAAGCAGGUCAGCCUGUCCAGGAUCUUCGUCAUUAUCGUGUGCGCGCUGGUUUUCGUCGCGGUUUUGGUCGUGAACGCUUUGGCCGGCGCGGGGAAAGGAUUUUUCCAUUCCAGUACUGGUAACGUGUCAGCCCGCUAUGAGACAGACAUCACUCCAGCCGGCUGGACCUUCUCCAUCUGGGGGGUUAUCUAUACCUGGCUCACCCUCAUGGUCAUAUACAUCACCUGCUAUGUUUUCAGAGGAUCCUGGGCUCAGUGCCUGCUGCCCUGUGCCUUCUAUUUCUGUUGGCUGUCCAACAUGGUGAUGAAUGUGACAUGGCUGGUGCUGUGGGACAGAGAGCUGAUGCUGGCGUCUCUGGUUAUUUUAAUCCUGAUUGCGAUAUCCAACUUCAGCGCCUUGUUCUUCUGUUGCUUUGCCACAGAUUAUUAUGGAAUCUGGUUGCAGACAUACCAUCGCAAAGACCUGGCCUGUCUCUACAUACUGGUCCAGAAUGGUUUGGCUCUGUACACCACGUGGACGUCCAUCGCCUCUCUGAUCAACUUCUCAUUGGUCCUCCACCUGUGGGGUCUGGACAGGAAUACAGCAGCCACCGCCUCGCUGUGCAUCCUGUUGGGAGAGGUGGCACUUUGGUUCAUCCUUGAGAACUGGGUGCUGGACCGCUGGGUGCGGAACAUCCUGACAGUGUACCCUGUGGUGAUUGUGGCGCUGGUCGGAAACGUCUACAAACAUUUUAACCCGGCCGAUCCCACUCCAAAUUCUGUCUUCAUGGUUGUACUGCUGGUGUUGGCGUGUGUCCUGCUGGUGUCCCGAGUCUGCACAGUCAUCUGGAAGAACAGGUGGAGGCCUCUCCACUCCCCAGGCUCAGCACGGGUGAUGGUGUCACCUCUCGACAGCAGAAAAUUCAGGAUCUUCUCUUAAAACAGAAGGAUCUGUCCCCCUGCAGGCCCUCAACUCUCACACACUGACUUUAUAUUCACAUAAGCCACUGCAGAGUUCAUCGAGUCAUAGAGUUAUAAUGAGAAGACAGGAAACCCUCUGAUUUUGUCUGCUCUCAAACAGCUGUGCUUUCAUAUCUUAAACACUUUAAAAUACUAACAACCUACUUUAACUGUUUACCACUUACAUUCUUAUUGUUCAUAUGUAAAGUUGUUUUUACUGAAUGACUUAAUUAUCAUGUUUGUAUUUUUUGAAGGCAGUCUUAUUUGUGCAUCAAUGGCUUUUGAAUUUUGUAUCUACACAGUGGCUGUCAAUGUGUUUACCUUUUGACGAUAUGAUUUGUCUAAGAAGACGCUUUGAAUUCAGUCUGAUUAGCUAAGUAAGACCCUGUUAUUUUAUAGAACAGAGGACAGGCCUGAUAUAACAGAAAAUGUCUCCCUCUUACUCAUUGUAUGCCUUUUAUUAUUCAGCUUCUGCCAUGUGCAGUAAGUGCUCUUCAUUCAGACAGAUUAGGAACUGCCUCUUGGUUCUUCAAACAGCUUAGCACUUUAUUUUCUUAUCUUUUUUUCUUUGUCUUGCUGUUUUCUUUGUUGUUUAUCAUAUACCAUGGAUUUUACUCUGAAGUGUGUGCAUUGUACCCACGCUAUUGAUAUCUUUAGCUGUCUAAAAGUGUUCAUGUUCCCUGUUUUUGUGUUGUUAUGCUGCAAAUAAUGUUUCCCCAUGAGGGAAAAUAAAGCUUAUUAACAACAAUGAU